AUGAAUUGUGGAGACUACAGAAAAAAGGAUCAAAUUUACUCGAAGUGGAGAAACGUCAACAAAAUUGGCAUGGAGUUUAAUACGACAUUCUCGAUCGAGAAACGACAAUGGCAAAGUGGUGAAAAUGAUGAAAUAAUGUUGCAAAAAGCUCUUGCACUUUACCGGAGUCAGAAAGGGACAAAUUUCAAAUUUCUUCAUGUUUGGAAUGUUGUAAAGAUGUCAAAAAAGUGGCAAGAUACCGAAAAUUCAGAAACGUUCAUGAGUGGUUCUUCUAAAAGAACCAAUACAUCCAAAACAACUCAUAAUCAAUCGUCCGAUGCUCAUGUCGGGAUUGACCUCAAUGAAGAGGAGUCUAUUGAGGUUCCAAUAGUCAUUCGUCUCAUGAGUAGAGACCAAACUAAGUGA